GUUCCUUAUUCAACUACAGCAACUUCUAUCUUCCUUCCUUCCCUCCCUCCCUCCCUCUUCUCAUCUUGCCCUUUCCCACCUCGACCGAUAACCGAAACCCUAAUUCUAAAAUUUAGCAAUCUUCGCACUCCAUGGAAGAAGAAGAACUGCAUAUUCACUACUUCUUUCCUGAAAUUCAUAGAAAGAAUUCUAGGUAAUACGGUGGCGCGUCAUCAGCUUUGAAUUAGGGUUCUGGAAAUCAUUCAAGCUUUCACGAGUUCAAACAAGGGAUUUUGGGUUCGAUGGCUGGAAGCUGGGAUGGAAGUUAUGACCUUGGUAGCCAGUCUGAUGAGAGCUAUCAAUUUGAGAGGCUACAUAUAGAGCCUAUCUAUGAUGCAUUCAUAUGCCCUCUUACAAAACAAGUUAUGCGGGAUCCAGUUACCUUGGAAAAUGGACAAACUUAUGAGAGAGAAGCAAUUGAAAAAUGGUUCAAGGAAUGCAAGGAGAGUGGAAGAAAGCUGGUUUGCCCAUUAACACACAAAGAGUUAAGAAGCAUGGAAUUGAAUCCAAGUAUAGCUCUUCGCCACACCAUUGAAGAAUGGAAUGCGAGGAAUGAAGCUGCUCAGCUUGAUAUGGCUCGCAGGUCAUUAACUCUGAGUAGUGCUGAGAAUGAUAUUAUGCAGGCUUUGAGGUUUGUCCAGCAUCUCUGCCAAAAAAGCCGGUCAAAUAAGCAUGUUGUUCGUAAUGCAGAGCUAAUACCUAUGAUUGUUGACAUGCUGAAGAGCGGCAGUCGUAGAGUUAGGUGUAAAGCUUUGGAAACUCUUAGAAUUGUGGCAGAGGAAGACUCUGAUAAUAAGGAAAUAAUGGCUGAAGGGGACACUGUACGCACAAUAGUGAAGUUCUUGUCUCACGAACAAUCCAAAGAGAGGGAAGAAGCCGUCGCUCUGCUGUAUGAGCUUUCCAAAUCUGAGACAUUGUGUGAAAAGAUUGGUUCCGUAAAUGGAGCUAUCCUUAUAUUAGUGGGUAUGGCCAGCAGCAAAUCGGAAAACAUUUUGACGGUUGAGAAGGCUGAUAAAACUCUGGAGAACUUGGAGAAGUGUGAGAAUAAUGUGAGACAGAUGGCAGAAAAUGGUAGAUUGCAGCCUCUUUUGACACUACUCCUUGAAGGCCCUCCAGAAACCAAAUUGUCCAUGGCCUCAUACCUAGGUGAGCUGGUCCUUAACAAUGAUGUGAAAGUGUUUGUGGCCAGAACUGUUGGUUCGUCUCUGAUCCAAAUUAUGAGAAGUGGGAACAUGCAGUCUAGGGAAGCUACUUUAAAAGCUCUGAAUCAAAUUUCAUCUUGUGACGCCAGCGCCAAGGUCUUGAUAGAGGCGGGUAUUCUUCCUCCUCUUGUCAAGGAUCUGUUCAUUGUUGGUCCCCAUCAGCUUCCCAUGCGGCUGAAAGAAGUCUCUGCAACAAUUCUUGCCACCAUCGUGAAUUCAGGCUAUGACUUUGAUUCCAUCCCAGUUGGACCUGAACGCCAGACUUUGGUCUCAGAAGACACAGUGCAUAACCUGCUCCAUCUCAUCAGCAACACCGGCCCCGCAAUAGAAUGCAAGCUUCUACAGGUUCUUGUUGGACUCACCAGUUCUCCCACUACUGUUUUGAGUGUUGUUGCUGCCAUUAAAAGCUCUGGUGCUACUAUUAGUUUGGUUCAGUUUAUUGAGGCUUCACAGAAGGAUCUGCGUAUGGCUUCCAUAAAACUUCUGCAGAACCUCUCUCCUCACAUGGGUCAGGAACUAGCUGGUUGCUUACAUGGUACAUCUGGCCAGCUUGGUAGCCUUAUCAAAGUCAUAUCAGAAACUAUUGGUAUCACUGAAGAGCAGGCCGCAGCCGUUGGGCUUUUAGCUGAUCUCCCAGAAAGAGACAUGGGCCUCACAAGACAGAUGCUCGAUGAAGGUGCCUUCCAGAUGGUCAUCUCCAGAGUGGUUAGAAUACGGCAGGGAGAGACUAGAGGCAGCCGCUUUGUGACUCCAUUUCUAGAAGGGCUUGUUCGGGUUCUUGCAAGGAUUACCUUUGUCCUGACUGAUGAACCUGAUGCCAUUGCCCUGUGCCGUGAGCACAAUCUUGCUGCACUAUUCACUGAACUGCUUCAGGCGAAUGGGCUUGACAACGUGCAGAAGGUUUCGGCCAUGGCUUUGGAGAACCUAUCCCAAGAAUCCAAAAACUUGACUAAAUUGCCUGAGUUGUCAUCGUCUGGUUUUUUGUGUCUCAAUCUUUCCCUGUUUUAGCAAACCACCUGUCAUAACUGGAUUGUGCCGGGUCCACCAAGGGACGUGUUCACAGAGAGACACUUUUUGUCUGUUGGAAGGACAGGCAGUGGAGAAGUUGGUGGCCCUUCUAGACCACACCAAUGAGAAGGUGGUUGAAGCAUCGCUUGCAGCACUGUCCACUCUCUUGGACGAUGGGGUUGAUAUAGAAAAAGGUGUUGACGUAUUAUGUGAGGCAGAGGGGAUCAGGCCUAUACUUGAUGUGUUAAUUGAAAAACGAACUGAGAAGUUGAGUAGGAGGGCAGUUUGGGCAGUUGAGAGAAUCUUGAGGACUGAAGAUAUAGCCUUUCAAGUUUCAGGUGAUCCAAAUGCGAGCACGGCACUGGUGGAUGCUUUCCAGCAUGGUGACUAUCGAACACGACAGAUUGCUGAGCGUGCCCUAAAGCAUGUUGACAAGAUACCGAACUUCUCUGGUGUCUUCCCAAACAUGGGUUGAACCUCUUUUAGAUGCUUCCGAAGGUGACAAUUGGUGAUUGAGAAGACAUUGUACUGUUGAUUUCUCCUCUUCUCCUUAAUGAAGUUCUGCGAUGUGUUCUAUCUUGUGGUUUGUGAAGCAUCAUGAGAUACAGGUAGAUAAUUUUCCAAAAAGAAAUGCGUGUAGAUAAUGCUUUUGUUUCAAUUUGUUAUUUUGUGUUCUUUUGGUGCAGAGGGUCUUGGAAACUUUUUCUUAUUUCUUCUUCAUGUUGUCUUCAUUUGUUCUUCAUUUCUUCUAGCAUUCACUGUAUUAGCAUUGGAUCUGGGAAUGUAAUAUUGAUUUUGUAUUACUCCUGUUCAAGAGUUGCAACAAAAAAAAAAUCGGUAUAACUAUUGGCAUCGUUUCUCCUUUC